AAAAAAAAAUAAUGUUGACGUGGGAUAGAUACGUACAAUUUGCACAGACACAAAUCUAAAAGAACUUGAAUAUUCACAGCCGAGAGAUUCGAAUGGUUUUUUACUUCGUCAAAAGGAAUGACAACUAGAAAAUGGAGUAAUAACGAAACUAUAACAUAUACAUGUAGUAUAUUGUAGACGUGUGAAAUAUGUACGAUAAGUCAUGUGAUUUGGAUUCAGAUGACAUGUGAUAUAAAAACUGAAGAUACUCCAUAUAAAAUGAAACCUACUUAAGAAACUUAACCGAAAUUUACACAAAUUUGUGAUGUCAUCUGAUGUUUCUUAUGAGAUCAAUCAGCCGACUCAUGGGUUGACAAUAUGGAGUACCUCUGUAUUUAUCGUUGGUGAGAUAGCAGGAUCUGGUGUCCUAGCAUUACCGAAAGCAGUCGACAGUUCAGGAUGGAUUGGUCUGGUAUUAAUAGUUGUAUGCGCCAUCGCCUCGGCGUAUACUGGUGCCAUAUUAGGAAGAGCUUGGCUGAUAGUCCAAAGUAGAAAUCCCCAGUACCAGUCACAUGUUGUUGAUCCUUAUCCAAUCAUAGGCGAGCAAGCAUUCGGAAAAUUUGGAAGAUAUUUAGUUUCGUUUUCUAUAAAUUUCACCCUGUUUGGUGUGUCUGUAGUAUUUCUGAUUCUGGCAGCCGAGAAUCUACAAGAUCUGAUCAGUCAUGCCACAAAAGAAGUAUCGUUCUGUUACUUUAUAAUCAUACUAGCAGUGGUAUUGAUGCCUGUUGUGUGUCUGGGAACACCAAAAGAUUUCUGGCCAAUAGCAGUUGGAGCAACAUUAGCCACAGGAUUGGCAUGUAUCUUAUUGCUAGCAAGAAUCAUUCAAGACAAAGACAAGCACGGAACGACAGUAGAACACUCAAAACAAGAAUUCACUUCAUUUUUCACAGCUUUUGGCACAAUAGUGUUUGCAUUUGGUGGACAUCCAGCUUUUCCUACAUUUCAAGCGGAUAUGAGAAAUAAGGCAGACUUUAAAUGGGCUGUGUUGCUCGGAUACAUGAUUGUCUUGGCAAUGUAUCUUCCAACAUCGACGUCUGCGUUUUUCAUCUAUGGCAACACAGUAAAGGAUAACAUUUUACUAACAACUACAGACGGUCCUAUCACCUACAUUGUUCAGACUCUUAUAACGCUUCAUCUGUUAUUUGGAUUUGUGAUAGUCAUCAACCCAUUUUGUCAGGAAAUAGAGUCAAAAUUUGGAGUUCCAACAGAAUUCACAUGGAAACGAUGUGUUGCUAGGCCAGUGAUGGUGCUAUGUGCAUUGUUUGUAGCAGAAUCAAUACCACGUUUUGGCGCCAUUUUAGCAUUAGUUGGUGGUUCAACAACAACUCUAUUAGCCUACAUUUGUCCUUCAGUAUUUUACCUUAAACUUUGUCGGAAACCACGUGAUGACACAGCGCCAUUUGUCAGAGAUGAAUUCAUUGAAAACGAAGAAAGUCUUCAAAAGCUUGACACGGACUUUAUAGAGGUACCAUUAUGGGAGAAAAUUUUAAACUAUGAGAUUAUAUUUAUCGGAUUAAUAGCAGGAAUAGCUUCGACAGCAUCCGCCAUUAAAGACAUAGCAAGUCCGUCGAGUUUUACAGUGCCAUGUUACGUCAACCCGAACAAAGCAGCAUAAUUACAAGAUCGGCAAAUAUCGGCAGAUUCCGUAACCCUACAACAAACACUACCAAGAUGUGCUGAACGAAUAAUUACUGUGGACAUGUUCAUAUAUCUGUGAUGCAUAUUUGUGAAUGUUUAUGUUUGGAAAAUAUUAUAUUUAAAAAUUGUCAUUUUAGAAAUGACAUCGGUGCCAAGAUUUUAUACCUGAAUUAAAAAAUGUAAAAAUCAUAUUUACAGAUUCAAGCUAAAUUAGCAUAAAGUUAGAACUUUUAAAGAGUAUUAUCAAAAACUGAUAAAUUAAAUAUUUCGAACGUUAUUUUUUUCAUUCGACAUUUGUUGAUUUUUAAUGCGUUUUUGUGAUGUUAAUUGGUUAUAAACUAUACUAUCAUUGCAUUUCGUGUCGUUUAAUUAAAUAAUUAUUUUGUUCCUUACAUGUUUCGUAAAAAAAAUCGACAUAUUUCUCAAGUCUUAAUUUUUUUGUAUUUUUUUUCUUAGGGUUAUUGCGCUUAUAUUGGUUCUUAUUUUACCUACCUUUUAAAAGUUAUAUCGUCUUGUUUACAAACUGAGAGUGAAAUGUUUCUAUUAUACUGCAUUACAAAGAUGAAACCACAUCUUUCAAACCUUCGGAAUGCUAUGUAUGACUAAAACUGCAAGUGAUUGCAUAAAAAAAAGACGAAUGAGUAAAAAGCAAUCUUUUGUGAUUUAUUGUAACAUUUGUAGGUUGUACAUGAAAAUAAGAUUAAAUUAUUAACUAAAGUCCAAUAUAAAUAUAUUUUUAACUGUUCUGAUCAUACUCUACGGUAGAUAACUCGCGUUCAUUACAAAUAUUUAACAACCCUUUCUUUGGAAGAUGUCUAAUUACUCCGUCAUCCAAGAUGAGCAAACACUUUUGAAAUAGCAGACUUUAUAAAAAUAUAGAAUUUCUAUUUUCUUAUUUUGAAGUUCGUUAAUUCGUUGCUAGAUAUUUACGACUUUUAGCGAAUGAAUAAAAAUAGUAUAUAACCGCAUACACAUCUCCAAUGGACAUCUUUACCAUAAGCCGUAAGCUAAACCGAAACUGAAAUCGAAACCAAGGUUUAAUAAUGCAACUCUUAUCUGAAUUAAAUGAAUUUAAUGAAAAAAAUUUGUGUGCUUUCGGCAAAACAACUUUCAGGAAGUUAUUGAACGUUUCAUAUUUUCUUAUCUAUCUACUUUUUUUUCACUUCACUUCAGGUAGAUGUUGUUUAUAUCCAUUUCCAUUCUCAAUUUUACAUCCUAUGUUUUGCUGUUGGCAAUUUCCGUUUUGGCAUGAUAGGUGAUGGCGUAAAUAGACUUUCUGGUUUAUUCAUAUACUCAACUGUAAAAAUGCGUAAGAAUAGGUAUGGGCUUCGAUCAUUGCUGAAGGCCGUAUGUUGACAUAUAGUUACUUAAAUCUACGUCAUUUGGUCUCUUAGACUAGUAGAUAGUUGUCUCAUAGGCCAUGAUACCAUAUCUGAGAUGCAUUGAAUUAUUGUGUUUAUGUACAUACCAGUGACAUCAGUGUCAUUGCUUAGAGAUGUUUUACCUCCGAAUAUUAAACAACGCAUAUCGAUAUAUCAACAUUUCAAUUGUUAUUUUAAAAGACAUACAUUGUAAUUGUAUUUUUUUUUUAAUUCAUGAUGAACAUAGUGUUGAAUUCCAAUCUAAUUAAAAGCAUAAUAAAAAUGAAAUUCUGUA